GUCGAGGCCGGCGAGGGGGUCGCGGCGCCAUGGAGGCCGUUCCGCGGAUGCCGAUGAUCUGGCUGGACCUGAAGGAGGCCGGCGACUUCCUCUUCCCGCCCGCCGUGAAGAAGUUUGUUUUGAAGAAUUACGGAGAGAACCCAGAAGCCUACAAUGAGGAACUGAAGAAGCUGGAGUUGCUUCGACAGAAUGCUGUCCGUGUUCCACGGGACUUUGAGGGCUGCAGCGUUCUCCGCAAAUACCUAGGCCAGCUCCACUACCUGCAGAGUCGGGUCCCUAUGGGUUCGGGCCAGGAAGCUGCUAUUCCUGUCACCUGGACAGAGAUCUUCUCGGGCAAGUCUGUGGUCCACGAGGACAUCAAGUACGAGCAAGCCUGCAUUCUUUACAACCUUGGAGCUCUACACUCCAUGCUGGGGGCCAUGGACAAGCGGGUAUCUGAGGAGGGUAUGAAGGUUUCCUGUACUCACUUCCAGUGUGCCGCAGGAGCGUUUGCCUACCUCCGGGAACACUUCCCUCAGGCCUACAGUGUUGACAUGAGCCGCCAGAUCCUCACUCUCAAUGUCAACCUCAUGCUGGGCCAAGCUCAGGAGUGUCUUCUGGAGAAGUCCAUGUUGGACAACAGGAAGAACUUUCUGGUGGCCCGCAUUAGUGCCCAGGUGGUAGAUUACUACAAGGAGGCCUGCAGAGCUUUGGAGAACCCAGAUACGGCCUCCCUGCUGGGCCGGAUUCAGAAGGACUGGAAGAAGCUUGUGCAGAUGAAGAUUUACUACUUUGCAGCUGUGGCUCAUCUGCACAUGGGGAAGCAAGCUGAGGAGCAGCAGAAGUUUGGGGAGCGGGUUGCAUACUUCCAGAGUGCCCUGGACAAGCUCAAUGAAGCCAUCAAGCUGGCCAAGGGCCAGCCUGACACUGUGCAGGACGCACUUCGCUUUACUAUGGAUGUCAUUGGGGGAAAGUACAAUUCAGCCAAGAAGGACAAUGACUUCAUCUACCAUGAGGCCGUUCCAGCACUGGACACCCUUCAGCCUGUGAAAGGUGCCCCUCUGGUGAAGCCCUUGCCAGUGAACCCCACAGACCCUGCUGUCACAGGCCCUGACAUCUUCGCUAAAUUGGUACCCAUGGCUGCCCAUGAGGCCUCGUCACUGUACAGUGAGGAGAAAGCCAAGCUACUCCGGGAGAUGCUGGCCAAGAUUGAGGACAAAAACGAGGUCUUGGACCAGUUCAUGGAUUCAAUGCAGCUAGAUCCUGAGACAGUGGACAACCUAGAUACUUACAACCACAUCCCACCACAGCUCAUGGAGAAGUGUGCAGCUCUCAGUGUCCGGCCUGACACUGUCAGGAACCUCGUGCAGUCCAUGCAAGUGUUGUCAGGUGUGUUCACGGAUGUGGAGGCCUCCCUGAAGGACAUCAGGGACCUGAUGGAGGAGGAUGAGCUGCUAGACCAGAAACUGCAGGAAGCCUUGGGCCAGGCAGGGGCCAGCCCAGCCGCUUCCAAAGCCGAGCUGGCAGAGGUGAAGCGAGAAUGGGCCAAGUACAUGGAGGUCCAUGAGAAGGCCUCCUUCACCAACAGCGAGUUGCACCGCGCCAUGAAUCUGCAUGUCGGCAACCUCCGCCUGCUCAGCGGGCCGCUCGACCAGGUCCGAGCCGCCUUACCCACACCGGCCCUCACCCCAGAGGACAAGACUGUACUGCAGAACUUGAAGCGCAUCCUGGCCAAGGUGCAGGAGAUGCGGGACCAGCGUGUCUCCCUGGAGCAGCAACUGCGGGAACUCAUCCAGAAGGAUGAUAUCACUGCCUCUCUGGUCACCACGGACCACUCAGAGAUGAAGAAGCUCUUUGAGGAACAGCUGAAGAAGUACGACCAGCUGAGGGUAUACCUGGAGCAGAACCUGGCCGCCCAGGACAACGUUCUCCGGGCACUGACAGAGGCCAACGUGCAGUAUGCAGCUGUGCGGCGGGUGCUUAGCGAGCUGGAUCAGAAGUGGAACUCCACCCUACAGACCCUGGUGGCCUCCUAUGAAGCCUACGAGGACCUGAUGAAGAAGUCUCAGGAGGGCAAGGACUUCUACGCUGACCUGGAGAGCAAGGUGGCCGCUCUGCUGGAACGGACCCAGUCCACCUGCCAGGCCCGCGAGGCGGCCCGUCAGCAGCUCCUUGACAGGGAGCUGAAGAAGAAGCCACCGCCCCGGCCCACAGCUCCGAAGCCAAUGCUGCCCCGAAAGGAAGAGGGGGAUGCGCUGGAGACCGACCUGCCUGAGGAGCUACGGAGCCUGCCCCCUGACAUGGUGGCUGGGCCCAGGCCACCUGAUACCUUCCUGGGAACAACUGGCUCCCUCCACUUUCCUCCUGGACUCUUCCCUACCUCUGCAGGGUCAAGACCUCAAUAUCUCGCAGGCCCCUUACCUCCUGGUACCUACUCAGGCCCUGCCCAGAUGUUGCAGCCCAGGGUGCCAGCAGCCCCGGGGCACCCUGCAAUGGCCAUGGUGCCCACACCUGCCCUCUACCCGGGCCCUGGCUAUACACCAGAGCUGGCCAUGGUGCCCCGUUCCUCCCCGCAGCAUGGCGUGGUGAGCAGUCCAUAUGGGCGGGUUGUACCUUCUCAUCCGGGUGCAGGUCUGCCCUCUGCCCCACCGCCCCAGUUCAUGGGUCCCGAAUUGACCAUGGGGGUCCGGCCAGCCACCACCACAGUCGAUAGUGUCCAAGCCCCCAUUUCUAGCCACAUGGCACCACAAGCAAACCCCAUCCCUGCUCCGCACCCCCAGCCUUGUUUCCCUGUGCCCCCACCACAGCCUCUGCCUGUUCCUUACACCUACCCACUAGGGGCAAAGCAACCCCUCACAGCACCUCCGGCCCAACACUUUCCUCCCAGGGUCACAGGUUUUCCAGCGCCAAGGAUGGGGCCUCAGCCUCACCCUCAGCCUCAUUCUCAGCCUCAGCCUCAUAUCCCACGAGCCACCUUUGGUGGGCCCCAGCCCCAUCAGCAGCCUCUUCCACUUCAGCACCCACACCUCUUCGCACCUCAAGCCCCAGGAGUCCCACCCACACAACCCCCUUACCCCUUUGCUCCUCAGCCUGGUGUCUUGGGGCAGCCACCAUCGGCAGUGCAUACCCAGAUCUACUCUGGUCCCUCUCAAGACCCACUGCCCCCCCAUUCAGGACCGCUGCCUUUCCCGAGCCCCGGACCUCCUCAGCCUCAUCCCUCUCUGGCUUAUGGCCCCGGCCCUGGCCCUGCCCCUUCCCCGAGGCCUUUGGGGCCCCAGGCAGCGCCACUCUCCAUUCGAGGCCCCUCACCAGCUAGCCAGCCUGCCCCCAGCCCCCACCUGGUGCCUUCACCCGCUCCCUCCCCGGGGCCUAGCUCGGUCCCUCCCCGGACCCCUGCCGCUGAGCCACCACCUUGCCUGCGCCGGGGUACAGCCGCUGCAGACCUCCUCUCUUCCAGCCCUGAGAGCCAGCAUGGCGGUGCCCAGCCUCCCGGGGGUGGGCAGCCCCUGCUGCAGCCCACCAAGGUGGACGCAUCAGAGGGCCGGCGGCCUCAGGCCCUGCGGCUCAUCGAGCGGGACCCUUACGAGCGCCCCGAGAGGCUGCAACGGUUGCAGCAGGAGCUGGAGGCCUUCCGGGGCCAGCUGGGCGACGCAGGGGCUCUGGACACUGUCUGGCGGGAGCUGCAAGAGGCCCAGGAGCAGGAUGCCCGCGGCCGCUCCAUCGCCAUCGCCCGCUGCUACUCCCUGAAGAACCGGCACCAGGACGUCAUGCCCUAUGACAGUAACCGCGUGGUGCUCCGCUCGGGCAAGGACGACUAUAUCAACGCCAGCAUGGUGGAGGGGCUCUCGCCGUACUGUCCACCCUUGGUGGCCACCCAGGCCCCCUUGCCGGGCACGGCAGCCGACUUCUGGCUCAUGGUGCACGAGCAGAAAGUGUCUGUCAUCGUCAUGCUGGUGUCCGAAGCUGAAAUGGAGAAGCAAAAGGUGGCGCACUACUUUCCCACCGAAAGAGGCCAGCCCAUGGUGCACGGCGCCUUGAGCCUCGCACUGAGCAGCGUCCGCACCACCGAGACCCAUGUGGAGCGUGUGCUGAGCCUGCAGUACCGUGACCAGAGCCUCAAGCGCUCGCUCGUGCAUCUUCACUUCUCCACUUGGCCCGAGUUAGGCUUGCCAGAUAACCCCAGCAACCUGCUGCACUUUAUCCAGGAGGUGCACUCGCAUUACCUGCACCAGCGUCCCCUGCACACGCCCAUCAUCGUGCACUGCAGCUCCGGGGUGGGCCGCACGGGAGCCUUUGCGCUGCUCUACGCGGCUGUGCAGGAAGUGGAGUCUGGAAACGGAAUCCCCGAGCUGCCUCAGCUGGUGCGGCGCAUGCGGCAGCAGAGGAAGCACAUGCUGCAGGAGAAACUGCACCUCCGGUUCUGCCACGAGGCAGUAGUGAGACAUGUGGAGCAGGUCUUGCAGCGCCACGGUGUCCCCCCUCCCUGCAGACCCUCGGUUGGCAUGAGCACGGGCAGCAGCCAGAAGAAUCACCUUCCUCAGGACUCCCAGGACCUGGUCCUUGGUGGGGACGUGCCCAUCAGCUCCAUCCAGGCCACCAUUGCCAAGCUCAGCAUCCGGCCUCCCGGAAGCUUAGACUCCCCAGCCGCCAGCCUGUCAGGCCCUGUAGAGCAACCAGGUUUGCUGCCAGCCAGUGUCCCGGAAGCUCCCCAGCUCCCACCCUCUUCCCCACCCCCCGUCCCUUCACCCCUGCCUGAGGUUCCCCAACCCGAGGAGGAACAACAGCCUACACCUGAGGUUCCUCACUUGGAAGCCCCCUCCUCCUCCUUGGAGCUACUGGCUUCUUUAACUCCCGAGGCCUUCUCCUUGGACAACAACUUGCGGGGAAAACAGAGGAUGAGCAAGCAAAACUUUCUGCAGGCCCAUAACGGGCAGGGCCUGCGGGCCACCCGGCCCACCGAUGACCCACUCAGCCUUCUGGAUCCGCUCUGGACACUCAAUAAGACUUGAACAAGCUUUUCCAGCGAGGCCUGUCCUUACACUACAUCUCGGCUGGGCCUCUGCAGUGGACUUGGUCUCUUCCUUCCAUUCCUACUGCCUUCAGCCUCACCUGGCCUGGCCUACACCCCUAUGGGGUGGAGGUGCAUCACAGGCCUGGGGUCCAGUUCUUUUGUUUUUGUGCCACACCUAGCGACGCUUGGGGGACCUUAUGGAAUGCUGGGGGUGGAACCCAGAUCGGCUGCACACUUACCCUCUGUAUUCUUUGUCCAGCCCUAGGGGCUUAGGCUCUGCUCCUAUGGAAACUGACAUUUUUCUGCUCUUUGCUAUUGAAUUAAUAAACCAACUUGUUCUGUGGCCUCUA